UUUUUUCUUAUGAUUAUGUUUCUUCUGUGGGAAAAUUUUCUUCGGCUGAAUGUAAAGACUCCUUCUCAAUCAAACGGCCCCCCCACCCCUGGAAAAGAUGGGAUCACAAAGCAUCUGAUCAACUUUCCAAUGCAAAGGUUUCUCACUUGCGAGGAGAAAAUGGGAUCUAACCUCUGUCCUGUACUCGGAGAAAAGAAAACUAUAUAAAUUGAAGGGCGCUUGCGUAGAGCAGAUCAGGAGUAUGAGUUUUUGCUAGGAUUGAGAAAAUGAAGAAGCCCCACGCAGUGAUGAUCCCGUUCCCUGCUCAGGCCCAUAUCAGUGCUAUGUUUGAACUGGCCAAACUCAUCCAUCACAGAGGCUUCCAUGUCACCUUCAUCAACACGGAGUACAACCAUCGGCGUCUAAUCCAGUCCGGCAGCAACGAUCGUCUCCGCGUGAUAGAGGACUUCAAGUUUGAGAUGAUACCAGAUGGACUGCCACUCGCCACUCCUGAUCGCACCCAAGAUAUUCCUAUGCUCUGCAGCUCCAUCAGGAAGAACUUCUGGGCUCCGUUCAGAAGUCUCGUCAUAAAGCUCAAUGAAUCGCCUGAAAAUCCACCGGUUACGUGCAUAGUUGCAGACGGGGUCAUGAGCUUCACUCUCAGGGCGGCAGAUGAGCUUGGCAUACCUGUGGUCUUUUUCAGGACGCACAGCGCCUGUGGGUUCUGGGGAUAUGCUCAAAUCAAGGACUUUCUUGAGAGAGGCUACAUACCACUUCAAGAUGAGAAGCAGCUGAAGAAUGGCCAUCUGGAGACCAGGAUCGAUUGGAUCACCGGAAUGCUUCCGGAUCUCCGCUUAAAGGACCUGCCUUCCGUCUUUAGGAUAUUCAAUCGCGACAACAUCAGGCUCAACUAUGCCGACGAGGAAGCACAAGCCAUGUUCAAAGGCACCGCCCUCAUCAUCAACACCUUCGCCGAGUUGGAGCCGGAGGUCCUCCAGGCCGCUCGGUCGCGGGUCCUCAACCUUUUCGCCGUUGGCCCCAUAAGGAAACUGAGCCGCAGCAUAGCCUGCAGAACGGAGAUGGGUUACACGAAAUCCAGCCUAUGGAAGGAAGAUGAGUCAUGUCUUCCAUGGUUAGAAAAGCACAAGGCCGAGUCGGUAGUCUACGUGAAUUUCGGAAGCAUCACCGUGAUGACUCCCCAGCAACUGGAGGAAUUCGCUUGGGGCCUGGCUAACAGCAGGCACCCGUUGCUCUGGAUCAUCAGGCCUGACCUGGUGAAAGGUCAUGAGCUGGGUCCUCUACUCUCCAAAGAGUUCGGAAAGGAGAUAGAGGGAAGGGGACUCUUAGCUAGUUGGUGCGCACAGGAGGAGGUCCUGUCUCACCCGUCAGUGGGCUUGUUUCUCACUCAUUGUGGGUGGAACUCCACAUUGGAGAGCAUCUGUGGUGGAGUCCCCAUGCUGUGCUGGCCUUUCUUUGCAGAGCAACCGACUAACUGCAGGUAUGUCUGUACCAAGUGGGGAAUGGGGAUGGAGAUCGAAGGUGAGGUGAAGAGGGGAGAGGUGGAACGCCUGGUGAGGGAGGCCAUGGAAGGGGAGAAGGGGAGGGAGAUGAGAGAGAGGGUGAGGAUGUGGAAGCAACAAGCGGAGUUGGCGGUCCAGCCAGGGGGUUCUUCCUACCACGACUUCCACAGGCUGGUCGACGAGGUUCUCCUCAAGAACUGGCGCAAGUAAAACUCUGAACAGGAUCAUUUGAUUAUAAGCGGGAUAUAUAUAAAUUAUUAUAAGGUAGAUCCUCUUUUCAUGCAAGUAUGUAGGAUGGAACUUUGCUGUAAGUACUGUUAUUACUUUUGCGCAUGUGGAAGUGGAAAUCAUAAGGUAGAGACAUGAACUACAGGUACCGGGCAGGGUUGGCCCAUGAUCAGGCAUAGGAAUCAAUUCUUGCUGACUACGGACAAUAGAUGCUGGACGGCCAUGGCCGAUGUGGGACUGACAGCUACACCACGGGAUGUCCCUUUAAAGUCUCCUAGCCGUACCCCAACAGUCAUAUAUAUAUAUAUAUAUAUAUAUAUAUAUUCUAAAGCAA